UGUACACCGAACUUGCAAUGGCGAAACUUUACUUUUUGCUACUCGUUUUUUUAAUAAAAAUUACAAAUCAGAACAAAAUAGGCUUGUACAAGUGUUGUCCUUUUAAAUACCAUGUAUAUAAUGGAGAAUGUGUACCAUCUUCAGUUGAUCGUAAUUUUUCGGAAGUUCUCAUAUACGAUAAGGAGUUAAGAAGGACCAAUGCAGUGUUUCAAGACGUAUUUAAUGUGGUCAUAUCUAAUGUGAGCCGAUCUUUUGAUUUGUCACUGUUUGAUUCCGUAAAACUGGUUCAUGAUGGCAGUGUCAGUGUCUACUAUUCAUUGCCGAACUCGUUCCCUACUUAUAACCUUUUAAAUAAUAACUCUUUCUGCAUCGAUUUUAUUGAAGAUGACUCUACACACAAUCUUACGCCCAACUUUUGGGAAUUAGAAGCAGCUCCAAGCGAUGAACCUGUAUGGAGAAACUAUUAUGUUAUAACUGCAUUAUUAGUAUCAUCCAUCUUCCUAUUACUAGUUAUCAUUGUGUAUUCCAUAAUCCCUGAAUUACGUAACACACCAGGAAAGAUUUUGAUGGCAUAUAUAAUUAGUUUACUGGGCGCUUUCUUGUCAUUGGCUAUAACACGAAUCAUAAUGGCCAACACCAAUUCUGUAACGCCCGAAUUUUGUUUUAGUUGCAAUUUCAUCAUUUGCUUCUUCUUCUUGUCAUCUUUCUGUUGGAUGACAAUCAUGGGAUUUCGCAUGUGGCGAAGCUUCAGGAUAAUUAUAAAACAUGAGAGAAUAUCUAAAAGGAGAGAGAAUAUUAUUCUCAUACGAUGUUGUGUUUUUGCUUGGGGAUUUCCUGCACUACUAUCAACGUUCAUUGUAGUCAUUGACCAAGUGGAUCUGACCAGUAUUCCUUGGUUUAUUAAGCCCAACCUUUUACAUGGAUGUUUUCUUAGCGGUAAAGAAAGAAUGCUUUAUUUCUAUGCUCCAAUAACGAUAUUAUUAUUUGUCAAUUAUAUCUUUUUCUUCGCGACUGCAUGUAAUUUUUGGAACUUAUAUGGAAAUCCUGAUGUUUUGAAUAAAGAAUCUAAAAUGAAUGGAAUUAAAAAUCGGUUAAAAGUAGUCAUAAGGAUUUCCCUACUAAUGGGAAUUUCCUGGGUCUUAGAAAUGAUCAGCUCCUUCUAUCCUGACUACAAUAUGAUCUGGUAUAUAUUGGAUACAUAUAACAUGCUGAUUGGUGUCGCGUUGUUCGUGUCAUUUGUAUGCAAGAAAAAGAUUUGGCACCGAUUAUUUCGUAGAAGGAACGAGCUGCCACCUAACUUAUAUAUGGACAAUCGUGAAAUGAUACGCUUGAACUCUCUAUCUAGACUCUAGUUCAAGAUAUUAAACUAAUAAUAAACUACCUGUAUAAUAAUAUGUACUAAAAAAUAUAAAAUGAAUACUUGAAAUUUCUAGUCCACAUAUUGUUUGUGAAUACAUAGUGCUCAUAAUAAUGGAUCUUAUCUGACGCAAAAAUAUUGUCGUCCUUAUAGGCCCCCACAUGCUACGGUACACCUGACAGGUCCUUCUGUGCAGGUAUACCUGCGCAAGUGGACCGUAACCGGUAACGUGUCUGGGGGUAGACCUGUGCAGAUUUUUAAACCUGUAGGUAUGUGUACAUGCGAUCGAAGCUAGAUCGAAAAUCAAUAAUUCCUGGGUGUAUCCUGAAUGUCCCCCACUUGUCAGGUGACCUGCACAGUGCACAAGCAAACCUGUACGGUAGA